UAUUCUUUUAGCUCGCUAUGUCAGAUUUUGAUUCUGAGCUGGUUGUCAUGAAAGAGGAGCCCGUGGCAGUGCCUGUGGCCGAGCCUGUGGUGGCACCUGUUCUUGAGCCUGUUGUUGCAGCGCCUGUUGUUGAAGCGCCUGUUGUUGAAGCGCCUGCAGUAGAGCCUGUUGUAGAGCCUGUUGCCGAACCUAUGGCCGAGUCUGUUGUCGAGCCUGUUGCAGAGCCUGUGGUUGAGGCCCCAGUCGAGCCUGUCGCCGAAGUUGUUGAGGAGCCCAUGGAGGAGGCCGCUGUUGAAGCCGCUGUUGAAGCCCCAGUAGAGCCUGUGGUUGAAGCCCCAGUUGAGCCUGUGGUUGAAGCCCCAGUUGAGCCUGUGGCUGAAGCCCCAGUUGAGCCUGUGGUUGAAGCCCCAGUUGAGCCUGUGGUUGAAGCCCCAGUCGAGCCUGUGGUUGAAGCCCCAGUCGAGCCUGUGGUUGAAGCUCCGGUCGAGCCUGUGGUUGAAGCCCCAGUCGAGCCUGUGGUUGAAGCCCCAGUUGAGCCUGUGGUUGAAGCCCCAGUUGAGCCUGUGGUUGAAGCCCCAGUUGAGCCUGUGGUUGAGCCUGUGGUAGAGCCCGUGGUGGAGCCUGUGGUGGAGCCCGAGGAGGAGCCCAUGGAGGAUUCAUCUGAUUCCGACUCAGUUGUCGUGGCAGAGGAGCCAGCAGUUGAGGUGCCAGCAGUUGAGGACAUUGUUAUGGAGGAAGUUAUCGAAGCGCCAAAGGAAGUUAUCAAAGCACCAAAGGAAGUUAUCAAAGCUCAAAAGGAAGUUAUCAAAGCGCCAAAGGCAGUUGUCAAAGCUUCAAAGGCAGUUGUCAAAGCACCAAAAUCAAAAAAACCCGCCAUGACGGAAAUCGAAAAGCCUGCUUCCCUCGUGAAGAAAGAAGCCAGAGCUGUUGCCCUGAGCGCCAAGUUCUCCGUUUCUCUAAAGCAAGCAGAAAUUAACAGACUCGCCAAGCGCAAGGAAAUCGUUAAGAGAACCGCCAAAUACUAUAAGGAGUACGAAGCAGCAGAUAAAGAAGAAGUCAGACUUGCCAGAGAAGCUAAAACUAACGGUAACUACUAUGUUCCAGCUGAAGCUAGAUUGGCUCUUGUCAUCAGGCUUCGGGGAGUCAACAACAUUCCUCCAAAACCCAGAAAGAUCAUGAAGCUCAUGAGACUGAGACAGAUUAACAACGGAGUCUUCGUUAAGUUGAAUAAGGCCAGUAAAGAAAUGCUCAGGAUUGCCGAGCCAUACAUCACCUUCGGAUACCCCAACUUGAAAACCGUCAGAGAGAUGAUCUACAAACGUGGAUUUGGCAAAAUCGCCGGACAAAGAGUUGCCAUCAACGAUAACAGUGUAAUCGAAAAGGCUCUAGGUAAGUUCGGAAUCGUGUGCAUCGAAGACCUCAUUCACGAGAUUUACACUGUCGGACCUCAUUUCAAACAAGCCAACAACUUCUUGUGGCACUUCAAGCUGUCCUGCGCCAAGGGUGGACUGAGGGUGGUCAACAACCACUUUGUUGAAGGUGGAGAUUUCGGUAACAGGGAACACUUUAUAAACAACAUCGUUCGCAGGAUGAACUAGUUCUAUUUAUUGUUUUUACCCAUUC